AUGUGCAGCUUCGGUGUGCUCAUGCUUGUGGUGAUCACCGGUCGCAGCCCUCGUCCUUCUGAGGGUGAAAAGAACGGCCACAUUUUGCGAUGGGUAGGUGCUGCUGCUUUCGUGCUGCUGCUGUGUUCCUUCCAUUUGGAGGGGUGCAUUUCCUCUGGAAAUCUUGCCCCCCUCAAGGACGUGAGCAUGGACGCCCCGGAUGAUGCUGUGCUGUGCCUGGCCCAGCUGGCUCUGCACUGCACUGUGCAGCGCACUGCAAACCGGCCCAGCAUGGCAGACAUUGCCAACGAGCUGCAGGGGAUCAGGGAUGAGGUGGUGGGGAAGGAGGAGCUGAGUGCAGCGGUCAAGGUGGAUGCGCAAGCACAGGAUAUUCGAAGUGGGACGUCGUACCCCUAUAACUUGGCUGCAAUGCUUCAAGAUAUUAAGAGCAUGGAUGAAGAGUCCAACGGGGAGCACUCAGGUAUAAUUCAAAGCAACAAUCGUUGCAGCAUCUGA